GCGAGGUCAGGGGGCGGGGUGAGCUGUUGAAGAACGGGAUGGUAACGUGUCGUGUGUGUGAGGAGCUGUCGCCGAAAUACCGGUGUCCGCGCUGCGGCCUGCGCUAUUGUUCUGUGGGAUGCUACAAGAAACACAAAGAUGAUUGUAAACCCCAGGAGUCUGGUUCAGUUUCAACAAUUUCAGAGCUUUCUCCACCACUUAAGAAACCUAUACAGCAAGACAACAAUGGACACUACUCCUGCACAAAUGAAAUCUUGGAUGAUGAUGAAGAAUCUGAUCGGGUACCACUGGAGAAACUGAGACAAUUGGCAGGAUCAGAGAAGUUGAAGGGUCUGCUUUGCAAUCCACACCUUAAACAGUUGCUGUUGACAGUAGACAAGGCGGAGGAUAAAGAAAGCAUCAUGAAGACAGCUAUGCAGGAACCAAUUUUUGUGGAAUUUGCAGAUCAGUGUUUACAAAUAGUUGAACCCCCAGAGAAAGAAAAUGAAACUGCUGUCUCCUAGUAUAAACUGUCCAACCUUUGAGAAAAUACUUUUGUAAUCACUUUGUAAGAUAUAUAGCUAUUCUGGUUAUAUUUAAAUUUUUUUUUUUUUUUUUUUUCCCCACUGAAUUGAAAAAGGUGUCUUAAUUUUUUUUAAGCUGUGUUCUUUAAGAAGAACAAACAAUCCAAUAUUGGUACUUAACCAGUGACUUGAAACAAAUUGUCUCUUAUAUACCAUUACCAAAUAAAAUACUACAAUCCAA